UGUCCGCCGUUAAACAUAACGCUGACGAGCGGUUGAAUGAGAUGACGGAGUCACAGAGAGAGAGAGAGAGAGAUGGCCCAGCCACGUGGGUGUCCGGCUGGAUGAUCUUCCUGUCCAUCGAUCCCCCGAAUCAAAAUUCAAGGAUUUCUUAUUCUUCCCCCAAAAUACCAGCGACGACCCAUCAAUCAAACACAGACACACACAGAAGAGAAACAAGUGUUUCGAUCGAUCGAGAUCGAAGGAAUUCGAAACACGGUUUUGGCCUAAAACCCAACUUCUUUUUAGCUAUAUAUAUAUAUAUAUACACACACACACACACACAAUGAAAGGCGCCUUCUCGGCGCCCGGUGAUUAUAUCUACUUCAAGUCUCAGGUCCCUCUUCAUAAGAUCCCCAUUGGAACAAAGCAGUGGCGAUAUUAUGAUUUUGGUCCUAAAGUGGUUCCUCCACUUAUUUGCCUUCCUGGAACAGCAGGAACUGCUGAUGUUUACUACAAACAGAUUAUGUCAUUGUCCAUGAAGGGUUACCGAAUUAUCUCUGUUGAUAUUCCUCGGGUAUGGAAUCAUCAUGAGUGGAUUCAAGCAUUUGAAAAAUUUUUGGAUGCUAUAGAUGUUCACCAUAUACAUCUUUAUGGUACAUCCCUGGGAGGCUUCUUAGCUCAGCUUUUUGCCCAGCAUCGUCCGAGACGGGUUCGAUCGUUGGUACUAUCUAAUUCAUUUCUGGACACUUGCAGUUUCUCUGCUGCAAUGCCGUGGGCUUCCAUAGUUAGUUGGACCCCUUCAUUUUUGCUUAAAAGAUAUGUCCUUACAGGAAUUCGCGAUGGCCCCCACGAACCUUUUAUUGCUGAUUCUGUGGACUUUGUUGUUUCUCAGGUUGAAACUCUCUCAAGAGAAGAUUUAGCGUCCAGGUUGACAUUAACAGUUGAUGCUGCAUCUGUUGGAUCUCUUUUACUGUCUGACUCACUUAUCACAAUAAUGGAUACAAAUGACUAUUGUGCAAUUCCUCAACAACUGAAAGACCAACUUUGUGAGAGAUACCCUGGAGCAAGGCGAGCAUACUUGAAGAGUGGAGGAGAUUUUCCAUUUCUUUCGCGCCCCGAUGAAGUCAACCUACAUCUUCAGCUACACUUGAGACGUGUUGGUGUAGAGGCUCGACCGGACUUGGUCAGGAGUAACCCUAGGGAAGGCAAUGGUGGUGGGAAUCCUAGUGAAAAGAAUGACAAACAAGAAGAUCCAGAUGACACAUCAAAGGAUGACCAGGGAACCUCCGAAAAUUCGUCUGCCCAAAAUCAGCCACCUCUGGCUCCCGAAACCUCGGAAUCUCAUAGUUUAGACGGUCAGCUCGAUAACGCAAAAAUCUGGCACCUGGGUUUCAUGAAGAAACAACACAUUGUAUCUCUACCCACUCAAAUUCUCUUGCAAGUUACAUGGGAGAUCGUCUCUCUUCAUUUCAUGCCACUUUAUAUGGGAACAAUGUACAUUAUUUUGAACAAUAGUUGGAAAUUUAGACAAGCUGUGUAAAAUAAAAUAGAACUUCUGGGGAACUUCGUUUGUGUAGUUGUACAAACAAUUUCAGACCAAGUUUUUGCUGUUACAUCCUCAAGUCACUCGGCACAUUUGGAAGUCAUAACUUGUUCCCAGUCCACGUACUGUUCUCCCUGAUCAUUGUAGAAAGAUUCAGUGUAAUUUCUUCAUUUUUUUUUUUUUUCAAUAUUCUUAUGGGCUGGUACUGGUUUUCUUCACCU